AACCAGAAUGCGACAGCUUGUAUAAACCGACCCAAUCUCAGGAGUGAAAGGGGAUCAAAUUUUCAUUCCUCACUCAGGUGUCGUUUUUCACAACCUGGCGUCACUUCCCUAUCGUAAUGUGAAACUCGCUCACAGAAAUUGGUCGGAGGUUCCUUUAAGAAAAAGGGGAGUAGAGAUAAAACAACAUUCAAAAGUUUUCCUGCAGCGGCGCGCAGAUUUUUUUUUUAACUUUGUGGAAAUAACGCCUAAAGGCCAUGCGUCUAGUAUAUAAAAACUAAAAAUGGUAAUGGAUCAAUGCAAGUAAGGCAAAGGGAGCCGGUGGAUUUGAAGAGCGUUUAAUAAACGCUGCACGCCGGUCGCCUUCUGUAAUGCGCCCGCUCGCCGCCCCAGCUGUUUUUUUGUGCGGGACUUACUGACGUGUGUGCUGAAAAAUACACAUCAAACACAAAAUAGGCCAAGGUUUGCACAAUGAAAAUGCAACGACGCUUGGACUUCUGCGGUGCUGUGGGAAUACACUUGGGAGAGUGAAAAGUGAACUAACCGUAAAAAAGAAGAAAAGAUGGGUCAGUGCUUGGGAUCCGAGUUGACAGAAGAAGAGAAGACAGCGAAGAACCACAGCGCUAAAAUAGACCGCGACCUUUAUGAAUAUGCCAAGCAAGAGCUCAAUAUUGUGAAGAUACUGAUGCUGGGUGCAGCAGAGAGUGGAAAGAGCACAUUGGUGAAACAGAUGAAAAUCAUUCAUAGUCAUGGUUUCACAAAGCAGGAACUCAUCAGCUUUAAGCCUGCUGUUUUGGACAAUCUGCUCACCUCCAUGAAGUUCGUCUUGCAUGGAAUGGGAGUUCUUAGGGUUAAUCUUGCCAACAAAAACAAUAAGGUCCAUGCACAUACCAUUCUUUCAUGUGGCAGAUGUGUUGAUGAGGACCAGAUGCUGUUUCCAUUUAUAGCACAUGCCCUUUGUUGCCUAUGGGCCGACUCAGGGAUUCGGUUGGCAGCAUCUCGUGGCUAUGAGUUUGAGCUGAAUGACUCUGCACUUUACUUUUUUGAUAAUAUGAGUCGGAUCAUAGCCCCAGAAUACAUGCCAACUGAAACAGAUGUACUCAGAGUUCGCCUUCGGACCACUGGUGUUAUCGAGACUCAGUUCAAAGUGAAUCAUCUUGUCUUCAGGAUGUAUGAUGUUGGAGGACAGAGAACAGAGCGGCGGAAAUGGAUUAGCUGCUUUGAGGAUGUACGAUCAGUUCUCUUCGUAGUGGCACUUAGCGGCUAUGACAUGACUCUGAUGGAAGACCCUGCUAUGAAUCGUCUUCAGGAAAGCUUGAAGUUGUUUGCCUCGAUUUGCAAUAAUGUUUUUUUCAAGAGUACCUCAAUGAUUUUGUUUCUAAAUAAAAUUGAUCUGUUCCAAGAGAAGAUUUUGCACUCUGGGAGACAUUUACGGUUGUACUUACCACAAUUUAGAGGUGCUGACUGUGAUGUGGAUGCAGCCGCUCGAUACAUUGCUGGAUUGUUCCUGUCACUCAAUAAAACUCCCAGCAAGCUGAUAUACCACCAUUUCACCACUGCAACUGACACCUCCAACGUGCAAAUUGUCUUCCAAGUCGUUAUGGACACUAUCAUAAAGGAAAAUUUAGAAGCUGUUUCAUUGCUUUAAGUGAUGAGAAACCUAAGUGCCUGGAAAUUAUUGCACUAAAUGGCUGAUAAAUGCCACCAUGAAGAAUGCUGAAACUGAAGUAAAAGAUUGCAGCUAUGUUAAAGGGAGUGUUUUAUUCUUCACUCUUAAAAAUGAAGUGAAGUAUUUUUUUGAUAUUGUCAGAUGAAAAUGAUAUAAACAGAAAGCAUCUGCAUUGUUUUGUUGUUUAAAACAAAGUGUUUAAAAUGAAAGAUGCCUGAAAAUGUUUCCAUUUUUCAUUGUUCUGAUUUUCAAAAGUCGUUUUUGUAGACUUGUAUCUCUAUCCUCUAUCAUCAUCAUUCAGAUGACGGGACGUGAAGGAGGAGAAUGUGUCUGAACAAACAAAAGCAAGUGAGUUGCUUGUUGCUUACUCAGGUAACAAUUUAAAACACACGCAGAUUAUUUGUAAAGCUGAAGCCACACACAAAUCAUACCAUUUUAAUCUUAUACUGUAGCUUCAAUCUCGGAAGAAUUUCAUAGCUGUUAGAAAUCUGUGGUCAUAAUUGUAUUCUUUCUAUGCAGCCCUGCUUGGGGUAACAGACUUCUUCAUCUAGAAUAUUUUGUUAAAUAAUUUGUAGUUUUAUAAACUCUACUUAAACAUAACUACAAAACAGAAUGAUAUAAUUCUCUCCCUUAUUCUGAUCAUCUGAUAAUGUGUUUUGACUUUGCUGAAUAUUUUGUUUAGAAGAUGGUUUCUAUUAAAUGAUUUAAUAGGCAGUGACAACUCUGACAGCUGGGUUUAAUGAAAACAAAUGACAAAAUAAGCAUUUGGGGCACUUUAGUUUGCUUUCAAGUUAGAUCUUAGCCCCUGUACAUUUGACAUUUUCAGUCUUUAGUUAACUGAGUAACAAGUGGAUUCCGAUUUAAUAACAUUGAAGGCCUGUGAGCCAUUUUGUAUUUUUUUUGUUUGUUUUUUUAUUUUUUUGGAUAACUCACCUAGACCUUUAAGUGAGGCUCUCAUUUGUCCACUUUUUCUGCCUGAUAUCCAAAAUUUUGAUAGUGACAAUUAACUGUUCAAAUAUUUAUUUUCUUAUCAGCAUAUGUGUAGAAGAUUCACAGCCAAGGCUGUAGUGCCUUCCAAAUCUGUAAUCUGACCCUGAAUUUCCCUUUAUUAUGAGUACAUCAUACGUCUCCUAAGUAUAUUAAGCCAAAGAAAGUUUGCUUUUUAAACCAGACGGAAAUUAUACCGACCUAUGCAACUGUGAUAGUUUGUUAAAAACUCAAGGAUUGAGAAGGACUGUGAGUAUUACAUACAGUAUGUAUAUGAAACACUGUAUAUUCACUGUACAUUUCAUAUGUCUAUAAUGUCUUUAUUUUUUUUUAAUUAUGACCAAGAGUCACUUGUAUGUUUGAGUUGAUUGUCUUACGCUUUACUGUGGCAUUUAACUUAAGACAAAGAAAGUGAACUUAAUAUGUUACUUUUCUGUGAAGUGCCUUCAAGAAACAGCUAGCAUUGACACUGAAAUUGUAUUUACAUUAUUUAAAUGUGUCCAUGUGUUUGUUUGUUUGUUUAAACACUAACUCUUAAUGCGCAAAUAAUUUAAUGACUAUUGUAAAUGAACCUGAUUGUGAGUAUCUUGUUGAAACAAAAAAGUUAUUUCUAUUUUUUUUUUGCCAUGUAUAAUAUGUAUGUAAAAUAUUUCUUUGACUUACCAAAAUGUUGAUUUGCUAGUUGUUUUCUCUCUCUUUUUAAUGUAGCACCUCUGAUGCAGAUAUUUAAUGGCAGAGUUGCAACAACUUGAAAUGUGUUGAUGAUGAAGUUCUUUGAAGAAUCUGGGAUUUGGGGAGGUGCUGGUUGCUUAUCUGUUUGUCUUUCCCUGAAGGUCCAUUUAGCACUGUUCGGGUUCAUCUGCUGUCUGAAGAAUUUGACUCCCUUUCACUAACUCGGCUGUGAUUAUUGAAACAUACUCAUACCUCAGUUGCAAACCACAGACACAUAUUGUUUCUUGAAAGUGUAUCUAACAAACAGAGUGUUAGCCACAUGGGGAGAGCAGGAGAACUGGGCAUCAUCAUUUACAAGGAAUGUUAAAAAUGGAUGGAUUAUACUGUAUCGUGAAAUAAAUUUAGAACUCAGAAAUUGAUAGAAAUUUGAUGUAAAUGCAUGUGUUUUAUGCAUAAGUAUGAUUACAUAUAGCUUCCACACAGCAUAUCCAUGUUGGGGUGUGGACAAGAAACAAAGUAGACAUCAGUGUGAGGGUGAUGGUGAUGAAUGCUCUGCGCCAUAAAUGAAAUAAGCAUUCAUCUUCCCAAAGCAUAGAGAAAAGAGACAUCAUCUUCUCAGCAGGAUUAGACUUGGGCAGCCUAUAGAGUCCAGGAAUUGAAACUUCAACCAUUGUGGU